CGAAGGCGCCGCAAUGAGCAGAGUGGAUCCGGUGCGCCAAGUGCUCGCCGAUCUGAUUAGCGAGUCUCAAGCACCCUUCGACGUGGAGACGAUCGUCUCGGAGUUCCGGGCCACCAACGAGAAGCGCCUGCCCCUCAAGGAUCUGCACCGCAUGCUGGUGACCAUCAGCCUGCAGCGUCCCAACUUCGCCCAGGUGAACGCCGAGAUCCAGGACACCCUACGCACCAAGGAUCCCAUGUACGCACUGCUCGUCUUCGCCGAUCGUUACAGUGAAGGUGGCCUGCCCAGCUCUAGAUCUUUGCGUUCCGAGAACAGCAGCAGCAGCAUCAACACCGAUAUUAUGUCCUCAGUUGGUUCGGCAACGGCCCGUUCGGGCAACUCCACCUCGUCCAUCUCCACCCAGUUCACCUCGUCGGAUAACUACACUACAUCCGCCGCCACUUCGGCCCGCUCCUCGGCCCGUUCCAUCGCCCCCAGUUCGGCCUCCUCGAGGAUCAGCCUGCCGCAGCACCAGGACAUUCCCACCUCCACGCCGGUGAACAGCAGGAGGAGCGGUGACUUUGAGACCUCGAGCUCCGCAGGUGGCGGUAAUGGUGGUGGUGGUGAAGCCUUCGCCAGACGCCGCACGCAGCGUAAUCUCAAGGAGGAGCGAGGAGAUUUGAGUGUGAUCAAGGAGCGCGUGCUGAGCGCCGUGUCCAAUCAAUCCCUGAGCAGCUACCGCUCGCUGGCCAGCGAGGCACCCAGCUGCAAGUCGAGCGCCACUAGCAUGGCUAAAACGGUGGCCUCAACGGGCCUGCCCGAUGAGUACCGCACCAAUUUGCUGUGGGACUUUUACCGCGUGGAUGGCAACAAGCUGGCCAAAGCGGAGAUUGGCGCCUUGCCGGUGGAGAGCCAGGAGAAUGUAGUGCUACGCGAGCUGCUCCACUGCCUGACGGGCGUGCGCGAGAACUUUGUGGUGGCGGUGCCGGCGGAUCCGAGUAGCCUAGGCCUGGCUAGGUUCGAAACGAGCUUCAGCCUGCACAAGGAUAUCGAUCGCUCGCUGGCGGAGCUGGUGCAGGGCGUCCUGCCGCUGGCCUCCUACUUUAUGGGCAUACAGAAGAUUGUCACGGUCACCGAUGGCCAGGGCCAGGUGAUCAAUUCGCUGAACGAGGCGCUGCAGGAGCUCAGCCACGAUUUCUACCUCUUGAUUGCCCAGGCCGAACAGGAGCUGCAUCACAAUCGAUUGACUCUGCAGAAGCUGCGCUACUACCUUCAUCCGACCAUCUGGGUGAUGGAGGAGAUAUUCACAUCGCUGGCGGACAUUCAGCUGAACGAUCACCGCGAUGCCGCCGUGCUGACCUACCUGCACGAGCGGAUCAAGCGGCUGGAGGGCGAUCGGGCGGCCCAGCAGCUGAUCAUCCAGCUGGCGCGCAAGGCGGCCGAGCCGUACAUGCGAAUGCUGAAGCUGUGGAUCCAGAAGGGCGUGAUUGUCGAUCGCCAUCAGGAGUUCCUUGUCGAGGACAACGAGGUCAUUCAUCGCGACGAGCUGCCCGAGCAUUAUUCCGAUGACUACUGGGAGAAGCGCUACACCGUGCGGCGCGAUCACAUACCAUCGUUUUUGGACAAAUACUCGGACAAGAUACUGCGCACAGGGAAGUAUCUGAAUGUCAUUAGGCAGUGCGGCAAGCGGGUGAUGCCCACGCAGGAGAUGCGGCUGGAAUUCGAUCCAACUAGCGAGCGGCACGUGUCGGUGAUCAAUGAUGCCUACUACUUUGCCGCUCGCAUGCUGCUCGAUGUGCUGCUGACGGAGAACGAUUUGAUGGGCCACCUGCAGUCGGUGAAGCGCUAUUUGCUGCUCAACCAGGGCGACUUCACCAUGCAGUUCAUGGACGCCUGCGAGGACGAGCUGUCCAAGAAUGUCGACCAGGUGCUGCCCAUGACGCUGGAGAACCUGCUCGGCCUGACGCUGCGCCUCUCGUCGGCCCGCAACGAUCCGUACAAGGACGACCUGCACUGCGAGCUGCUGCCCUACGAUCUGGUCACGCAAAUGUCCAAGAUCAUGAACCAGAAGGAGGAGUACUGGCAGUCGCAGCACCGCCUCGACCUCAGCGGCCUCGAGUGCUUCGCCUUCACCUACGAGGUCAAGUGGCCCGUUUCGCUGGUGCUCAACCACAUCGCCAUCUCCAAGUACCAGAUGCUCUUCCGCCAGCUCUUCUACUGCAAGCACGUGGAGCGUCAGCUUUGCAAAAUUUGGAAGGAGAACGCCAUUGCCAAGAAGUUCUCGCCCCAGGCGGCCGAGCUCUACCGUUCGGCGUUCACGCUGCGCCAGCGCAUGAUGAACGCCAUCCAGAAUCUGGAGUACUACAUGAUGAUCGAGAUCAUCGAGCCCAACUGGCACAUUUUCAUCGAGAAGAUGAAGAGCGUGGAGAAUGUGGACAAUGUGCUGCGGCUGCAUCAGGACUUCCUCGACUCGUGCCUCAAGAACUGCAUGCUGACCGAGUCCUCGCACCUCAACCGCUCCAUUUUCAAGCUGUGCAAGAUCUGCCUUCAGUUCUGCGACUUUAUCCAGCGCUCGCAGCGUUUCUUUCUGGACGCCGAGCUCAAGUCGAUGGUAUGCGACACCCACGACAGCGCGGACAGCUCCGAGUCCGAGCCGGAGAGCUCGCACCGGCCACAGUUGGAGACCUCGUUGGAUCCCGCGGAUACGUUUUCGGAGCGCGUCAAGCGCUUCGAUCUAGAGUUCACCGGACUGCUUAUAUCCUUCCUUAAGCAAAUCAAUAAUAUGGCCAAGAAGAACACCGCCGAUCGCUUCAUGAAUCUCGUGCACCGCAUCAACUUCAAUGCAUUCUACUCCGAUCAGAUGGACAAGCUGUGCGUAAAAGAUGCCAUGGGCUAAGCCUAUAUGGAAUAUGGAUACGGGAAGCACAAAAGACAGGAAAAAAGUAUUAGAUAAAUGAAUUUAACAAUCACAAACGUUCACACAUCGCACAUUUAAUUCGAAUGUUGUUUUCCCAUCAUUCCCGCAUGUCUUCUAGUUUGCCAUCCAACUAAGCACACAAAUUGUUUUUCGUUUAGUUGUAAAGACUCGAAUAUUUAUAAACUAAUAAUAAACCUAAUGAAAUGUAAGUGGAAGAUGAA